CAGUGAUAGCGAUAUUGGGUUCAGGAGGUGGAUUUCGUGCCAUGGUAGGGUUUGCGGGAGUCAUGAAAGCGCUUUAUGAAUCAGGAAUUUUAGACUGCGCAACUUACAUUGCUGGUCUUUCGGGAUCCACAUGGUACAUGUCAACUUUGUAUUCACAUCCCGAUUUUCCAGAAAAAGGACCAAAGGAGAUUAAUCAAGAAUUGAUGAACUCCGUGAGUCACAACCCGCUUCUCCUGCUCACUCCUCAGAAAGUCAAACGCUACAUUGAAGCACUGUGGAAUAAGAAAAGCUCAGGGCAGCCUGUCACCUUCACAGAUAUCUUUGGGAUGCUGAUAGGUGAAACACUUAUCCAUAAUAGAAUGGACGCCACUUUGAGCAACAUGAAAGAGAAAAUCAAUAAUGCACAGUGUGCUCUCCCACUCUUUACAUGUCUCCAUGUCAAACCAGAUGUCUCAGAGCUGAUGUUUGCAGACUGGGUGGAAUUCAGUCCAUAUGAGAUUGGUAUGGCAAAGUAUGGCACUUUCAUGUCUCCUGAUUUGUUUGGAAGCAAAUUUUUUAUGGGGACAGUGGUGAAGAAGUAUAGUGAAAAUCCUUUGCAUUUCUUGAUGGGUGUCUGGGGCAGUGCAUUUUCUAUAUUAUUUAACAGAGUGCUUGGUGUCUCCAAUUCUCAGAAUAAAGGUCCCACCAUGGAAGAAGAAUUAGAAAAUAUUAGGCUAAAGCACCUAGUAAGUAAUGACAGUUCAGACAGUGAAGAUGAAUCACAGCACCCAAAAGGCACUGAAAAUGCUGAGGCAAAUCAAGAAUAUCAUAACAGCAGCCAGGAAAGCUGGGUGCAGCGAAUGCUGAUGGCUUUGGUGGGUGAUAGUGCCCUUUUCAACACCAGGGAAGGGCGUGCUGGGAAAGUGCACAACUUCAUGCUGGGAUUGAACCUCAACAGCUGUUACCCACUCUCUCCUCUGGCAGACCUUCUUACUCAGGAGUCCGUGGAGGAAGAUGAACUAGAUGCUGCUGUUGCAGAUCCUGAUGAGUUUGAGAGGAUAUAUGAGCCACUAGAUGUGAAGAGCAAAAAGAUUCAUAUAGUGGACAGUGGGCUUACAUUUAACCUCCCGUACCCACUUAUCUUAAGACCUCAAAGAGGCGUGGAUCUCAUUAUCUCUUUUGAUUUUUCAGCAAGGCCAAGUGAUUCCAGUCCUCCUUUCAAAGAAAUUUUGCUUGCUGAAAAAUGGGCCAAAAUGAACAAGCUUCCUUUCCCCAAAAUAGACCCAAAUGUAUUUGAUCGGGAGGGCAUGAAGGAGUGCUAUGUUUUCAAACCAAAGGAUACCUCUUCGGAGAAAGACUGUCCAACUAUAAUCCAUUUUGUUUUGGCCAACAUCAAUUUCCGGAAGUACAAAGCUCCAGGCAUUCUAAGAGAAACACAGGAAGAGAAGGAUUUUGCAGACUUUGACAUUUUUGAUGAUCCAAAUACACCAUUCUCUACCUUCAACUUCCAGUAUCCCAAUGAGGCUUUCAAGAGGCUUCAUGAUCUAAUGGAGUUCAACACCCUCAAUAGCAUAGAUGUGAUCAAGCAAGCUAUGGUGGAAAGCAUUGAAUACAGGAAAGAGAAUCCAUCUCGCUGCUCUGUGUCUCUCAGCAGUGUUGAAGCAAGAAGAUUCUUUAAUAAGAACAAUCUUAACAACAGCCACACAUAGAGAGUAUGUCAUAGGUCCUUCUCCUUCAAGAAACUGGUUCUGCCUUUAUAACUGGAGUCAAAAAGACAUUAUCAAAACAUCACUGCUCCUGAGCAGGGCUGCGCAAAACUCCUCAAAA